AACUGCGUCUUAAAAAUGUGCGGAAUGUAAAGCAGUAUUUGCACUGCUGGUCAGCGGCUUUAAUUGUCUUUGAGUUGUAGUUUAGUCGGUCUUAAUUACUUCGAAGUAAGGGCCGAGUGACGAAAUCUGGUUUGUUAUUGAACAGCCACGUGCUUUUCAGUUUUUACGCAAAUCGCAUCCUGUCAAAUGGUGUAUGACGAACUUACUGUUCAGUUUUCAGUGUGUAUUUUCUCUUGCCUUCAUCCUGUUCAUCUCUGUGCCAUGUGGCUUUACAGUCUGGUUUUGUGUCUGGCAGGAGUAAGAUGGAAAUCCACAGUUCAGUUUGCUUCACGGCCAGACCUUCCAAAACUGGCCUACAAAAGAGUGAAGGGCAAGAGUCCAGGUGUGGUUUUCCUCCCAGGUUAUGCAUCUAACAUGAACGGUCAGAAAGCAGAGGCGCUGGAGGAGUUCUGCAGGUCAUUAGGACAUUCGAUUCUCAGGUUUGAUUACACGGGCCAUGGGGCCUCAGAGGGGGUGCUUGCUGAAGGAACUAUCGGUACUUGGAAAAAAGAUGUCCUGUUUGUGUUGGAUGAGUUGGUAGAAGGACCUCAGAUACUUGUGGGUUCCAGUAUAGGAGGUUGGCUUAUGCUGCUGGUAGCCAUUGCACGACCAGAGAAGACUGCUGCACUGGUGGGCAUCGCCACUGCUGCUGACCACAUUGUCACAUCAUUCAAAGCUCUUCCUCUGGAGGUACGUAAGGAGUUUGAGGAGAAGGGGGAGUGGACAGUUCCAACUAAACACUCAGAGGAGGGUGUGUACAGAUUUAGCAUGGACUUCCUACGCGAGGCAGAAAAUCACUGUGUGCUCCAGGGUCCCAUCCCCAUCACCUGCCCCGUGCGGCUCAUUCAUGGGUUGAAGGAUGAAGACGUCCCCUGGCACAUUUCUAUGCAGGUUGCUGAACGUAUCCUGAGCAAUGACGUGGAUGUGAUCCUCAGGCGGCAAGGCCAGCAUCGCAUGUCUGAGAAAGAUGACAUCAAGCUGAUGGUCUACACCAUUGAUGACCUCAUCGACAAGUUAACAACAAUGGUCUGAGUUUGGGACCACAAUGGAGGCAUUGGAAAGGACUACAUUUCCUGGGAAAGCAGUAUUCUGUUCACCAAACUGACUUGUUUCUCUGCCAGAUCUUGUUUAUUAUUUGUUGAACAUGUUGGUGACACUCGUGCAAAGGAGGCUCUCCUUGCUUAGCUUUCCCCCUUAUGCUGUGGUUUCAGGUUGUGUGUGAUUGAGUUUACUUGACUGAGAUAUUUUGGGCAAACCUUUAACAAGUCAGCUAAUGCACUAUCUCUCCCACCACUUUCUCCUCUUCCUUAAAUUAUAUCCAUAGAUAUAUGUGCCUUUUUUUUUUUAAAGCAACUUUUCAUCAUGUUUUGACCAAUAAAAGCUACAUUUAUCAGUG